AGCAGAAAACGCAUGAUCGCGGCCGGGGUGCUCGGAGUGGUCAUGGUUCUGGUGUUGGUCGUGCUCAUCCCAGUUUUGGUGAACUCGGCCGGCACAUCGGCGCACUAUGAGAUGCUGGGUACAUGCAGGAUGGUGUGCGAUCCGUACGGCACCAAAUCACCCAGCAGUACGGCCACAGCGGAGACAGCCGCGCGGGACACCGGUCUCGUACAAUCGUUGCCCACCUUUAUCCAGGGGCCGAGGGGAGAGCCAGGCCGUCCCGGGAAGAUUGGACCACGUGGUCCACCUGGAGAGCCCGGACCUCCGGGACCCGCCGGCCCCCCUGGAGAGCGAGGAGAUCCGGGACGACCAGGCUUACCUGGACCGCCGGGGCCCAACAGCGCAGGAGCCAUCAGUGCCGCCACCUACAGCACCGUCCCCAAAAUCGCCUUUUACGCGGGGCUUAAAAAGCAGCACGAAGGUUACGAGUUACUCAAGUUCGACGAUGUAGUUACGAAUCUGGGGAAUCACUACGAUCCGACCACAGGAAAGUUCACCUGCUCCAUACCAGGGAUCUAUUUCUUUACCUACCAUGUGCUGAUGCGCGGCGGUGAUGGAACAAGCAUGUGGGCAGAUCUGUGCAAAAACAACCAGGUGCGUGCGAGUGCCAUAGCACAGGAUGCGGAUCAGAACUACGACUACGCCAGUAACAGUGCGGUUCUUCACCUGGAGCCCGGAGACGAAGUCUAUAUUAAACUGGACGGCGGCAAAGCACACGGAGGCAACAACAACAAAUACAGCACCUUCUCCGGCUUCAUCAUCUACGCUGAUUAGUAGAUGAGAUUCUUUCUGUUCCUCUCACGUUUCCUUU